GCAAGGAAAUCAAUUUCCGACCAGAGGAUGUCGUCGCUGUCAAGAGCACCGGCCUGCAGAGCACUGGCAACACUGGAGAGUAUGUAGUUCUCCGCAAGUGCCCUGCAGAGUCUGCGGCAAGACUGCGAGUAUCGGAGAAACACUUCGUAGCAGACCACGCCCUGAUGAUGAACAAAGAGCCAUGGUUUAGACACCUCAAGCCAGAGGACUGGUGCCAGCACCUGGGCGUCAUCACAGACGCCGGCAAUGCAGUCGAAGGUAUCAAGGCCGUGGUGACUGGCAACAACCGCUCGCACUUCACUUUGCCUUUGGUGCAGACGGGGACCAGGUGUAUUGCGGGGUAUGUGCAUGCGGCCUAUUCUUCCGAAGAACAAGAACUCAGCAUCGCACAUGUGAAGGUUGACGAGGAGCACAUGGGCCAAGGUCUUGGCGGAAUGCUAAUUGAUGCUGCAGAGCAGCACAGCGAGAGAUGCUUGGCUGCUAGUGAAGAGACGAUUACUUUUUUGGACCCAGCCUUUGCAUUGGCUGGAAAUGUCGGCACACGAUCGGGCGAGAAGAUGUUACGAGAAAGCGGGGUUCCGCAUCGCAUCUGGCAGCGCUGCCAGUUGGGGCAGAAAGACGCAGCAUACAUGGUCGGAAUGGCAGAUUCCUCCUUCCCGGCGCCGGGUUGGGAGGAUUCUCUUUUUCCCGGCGCCGGGUCUCGCUCCCGGCGCCGGGUCUCCCUCCCGGCGCCGGCUCUCCUCCCGGCGCCGGCUGAAGCCUUCCUCCUUUCGCAGUGUGGGGUGGCAACUGCCGCUAAUGCUCUAGGCGUUGCCUGCGUUAGCCUUCUCCGCGGCGUGCCCAGCGCGGGGUCGACUGUGAAAUAUGGCAAAGGGCGUUUCGCAUGCUACAAACCAUGUGAUCAGACGAUUGUUUUUUUUGCAGCGGCACGGCCGGUUGGACAGGAUGCCGAGGCUUUGGCUCUAUGCAAAAUGCUGGUGGAGCGCGGCAUUGACGGCAUUGACAUCAACCAUGGUGAUGUGGCUUGGAGCAACCUCGAAGUCAAGUUACAGGGCCAAUGGCCAAGCUGGAACCCAGUUCCAACGUAUGUGAAAGGAGUGCAGGAAAUGCAUGAAGGUAGAGAGACCAAGUUGCUGCCUAUCCAGUUGGGGAGACGACCUUCCUCAAGCAAACCUGGUGCUUUCAAACACGCUAUUCCCAACAGCAGAAAGCUUCAAUCUCUAGCUGGCUUUCGUCCCUUGCACGUGGCUUCGUCAGCUGCUGUUGCAUGCGAUCGCUUUGUCCUCGUCUCCGGCUAUCCGGGCACCAAGGAGUUAGAUCAAACCGCCCUCUUUUACGCUGCCCGUCAGGGACAUGCGAAUACCAUCAGGUACCUAAUCAGUAAAGGUGCCAAUCCGAACGUGGUGGACAAGAAUGGGGAAACGGCGCAACUGGGCUGCUGGAUGUUCUUUGCCGUCCUCAACAAACGCACGGCUGCGGUAAAGGCGCUGCUGGAAGGAGGCGCGGAAUUCGAUGAUCCAGAGAGGAAGACAGGAAGACAGGAACGCAAGAAGCGACGAAGUUAUGACGAAUCAGGCAUGCUUCCGUUUACAUCCUGCCCAGGGCCCAAGCGCCGACGGACAGCGGUGGAAGAACUGCGGGCUUGGGCUGACGAAUGGCCGAUCAAG